AUGCUUCCACACCACCUAGAGUUUCCAAAGAAGCACGAGAUUGUAAUUCUCUUCCUCGCUCUCAUUUUGCUCAAUCUCCUUGGGGCAAUCCUUUAUAAUGUUUUUUUCCACCCACUAGCUAAGAUACCUGGACCCUUGGCGUGCAAGAUUACCCGAAUCUGGCUCUAUCUGGCGGAGCGAGGUGGCGAUGGAGCAAAUACUGUGUCAGUUUUGCAUAAACGAUAUGACCCUACCUUUUAUGAUGCCUUCAAAUCCGACCAUGGCAUGUUAUUUUCCUUUUCCGGGGUAGAUGAACACUCAAAACGAAAAAGGCUCAUGUCUCCUUCUUUUUCACGAGCCUCUGAGGAGGAACACGACGCCAUUUUACAUGAAACUAUCAAGCCAGUCGUUGAGGAGCUUACUACGAGUAUUAGGAAGGGUGAGACCAUCGCUUUAUUUCCUGUCAUACGCAGGUUUGCCCUUAAGUCUAUUGUUGCCUUUUGUUAUGGACAAAAUCCUGUUUCACCUGAUUACAUGGAAAGUGUGAUCCCAAAGCUAUUCAAAGUACUCGAUGAGAGUCCUAAGGCUCUGCUAACGCUCCAGCAUUUCCCUCUCAUUAAAAAGACUUUGAACCAUCUUUCCGCUACAUUCCCUACACUAUUUCCAUCAGAUAUCAGGAUCCUGCCUACGGUUGGAAUGGAGCUUUUGCAAUCGUCUCGAAAGUCAAGCGUUCAGUCGGGUCUUUUCAAGCAAAUGCAGUCCUUACUGAAGGCGAAGGAUCAGUCACUGACUGAUGGCGAACUCAUUGCGGAAAGCGGCACAAUGUUCUUUGCAGGCACAGACACAACUGCAAUCACAGUCUCUUUCGCUCUCUGGUACCUGAUGCACCAACCCGAUAAUUAUGUGCGUCUUCAGGACGAGCUGAAGACGGUCAUGCCAGAUGUUAACUCAAAGGCGAGCUUGAGGGAGCUUGAAAGUCUACCGUUCCUUGAAGCCUGUAUUAAAGAGAGCCUUCGUUUAGCAUGUCCACCACGAGGACGGCUUCCCCGUAUCGUGCCAGCAGAAGGUUGGGAGGUCAAAGGCACAAAGCUUCCCGCUGGUACUGUUGUAUCUUCCUGCAUCUCUUACAUAGCUCAUGAUGAGGAGAUUUUCCCAGAGCCAAAAAAGUACCGACCAGAAAGAUGGCUUCAGGAAAACAGUAAAGAGCUUGAAGGAUAUUUUUAUCCUUUCUCCAGAGGUACACGAUCAUGCAUCGGGCAAAGUUUGUCCCUAGCUGAACAGCGAGUUGCAAUUGCACAGGUUGUUCGUAGAUUUUCUCCUAGUAAGGACAUGCAAUUUCGCGACAUUAUUGGGAGCGAGUAUGUCACAUUUGUCAUGCAAGAUGAGCUUCCAGUGCAGCUGGAGGAAGCUAGAUAA